AUGGUCGCCAUCAAAGCUCUUGGAAAGACUGGUGCUCUGCUGGCUGCCAUCCUUUUCGGACCCCAGCUUGCCAAUUCUCACUCCUGGGUCGAGCGUCUCAACCGCAUCGCCUCUAAUGGCACCAUGGUCGAGCCCGCCGGCUUUGCCGCCGGCUUUUCUGGCCGUGGCGCUGGCUUCUCAGAUGUCACUGUCACAAACGACGUCUCCGGAGCUGGCCUACCUCUUUGCAAGCAGCCUGUCACUGCUCCUCAGGACCCCAACUUCCCCAUCCUGACCGCUGCUCCUGGCGAUCAGAUUGCCGUUCGCUACCUUGAGAAUGGCCACGUCACCAACCUCGAACCCGGUCGACUUGACCAUGGCGGUGUCGUUUACAUCUACGGAACGACCGACCCGCGUCCUGAUGAUACCCUGGCCAACAUUCACCUCAAGUGGACCCCUGACGGCAAGGGCGGUGACGGGCGCGGAAAGCUUCUCGCAACUCGCAAGUAUGACGAUGGUCGCUGUUACGAGGCCAACGGCUUCGAUCUCUCGGGAAGGCGCCAGAACGAGUUCCCUGUCCAAACCAACGAGCUGACUGGUCCCAACAACUGGUGCCAGAGCGAUGUCAGCCUCGCCAAGGAUCUUCCCCAGGGCACCCAGUACACCCUCUACUGGGUUUGGAACUGGCCCAGGCUCGACACCGAGGACAAAGAGGUCGUCGUGAGCGAUAUCCACGCCGUCUACCCCAAGGGCGGAGCUCCUGCCGGCCGCAAGGACCUGGAAGGUGAUCAUGUCAAAGUCGCCCAGAUUUACAGCUCCAGGCUGGAAACGACAGUGGCAGUUCUGCCCCUUUUGCAAGCAGUGGUCUCGGCCAGGGCGUCCGUGUCAAGGAUGAUGACUUCAUCACCAACCCCGCCGACUACAACGGCAUCGCUAUUGCUGGCCAGCUGGAAGAACCCCUUCAUUGUCGCCAUUGACGGCAUUGGUGGUGGCCCUGAGCAGGGUGUUCCUACUGCUUCACCCAGCGCUGGCACUGACAUCCCGACCACCACGCCUGUCGGCGGCAUUCGUACUGUCACCGUCACCGCGGAGCCGACCACAGUCUAUGCCACGGCCACUGUCACGGCUGGUGCUGGCAACGCUGGCGGUCCUCCAACUGUCACGCCCUUCAUGCCGCGCCAUAACCUCCGUGGCCGAGCCUCGUGGGGGUUUGGCACCAACAGAUAA